UGUACUAGUAGCAAACAUCAUCAUCUAGACUGAGUGACCUACUUAGCCUAGCCCCAACCGGUGAUCCUGUGCAAGCAUCGUGACGAUGUGGCUCAUGGAUAUAUCAUAUUAAUCGUCUAUAUGGUAUAUGGUAUUUGCUGAUCCGACCAAAUUGAAACAUAGAAUGAUGCGCAGCACACUAUAAGUACUAUCGGCCGGCCACAUACAUGACACUUGAAGCCUGAAGCCUGGUAUCCACGGUGGGAAGGACCAUCAAAAUCACGCCGGCUGAUACAUUUAACGGGUUGCCGCAAAUUCUCGACGCCUUCUACUGUUGCCUCAACGACAUGGUUACUACUGACUUGGACGCACAGCAGAUAUCGUGGUGCGCUUACGCCGUCCUGGCGGGAAACAGUAUCCUGAUAUACGACCAUUUGAUAACUCUACCAGAAGAAAUCACUUUCAUCUGGCGUCGUCCAAAAACACUGGCUGCAAUGUUAUUUCUGCUCAACCGCUAUCUCGCUCUUCUCGGCAUCAUCUGCAGCGCGAUUUUGGAACCUUUUAUUGUUUCAGAUGAGGUAUGUUCGAAUUAUACGGCAUCUAGACAACUGGACAUCUUCCUCCAAGGAAUUGUCAUUUGCAUGAUAAUGGCCAUGCGCACUUACGCUCUCUACGGCUGUAGCAAACGACUGUUUACCUUGUUGACCAUCAUUAUCAUUGCUCUGGUGGUGGUGGCUUGUGCCGUCACUUUUGUCAAAGUUUCAGGUGAUGCGGCCAUCUUGCCAGGAAUUGGCUGCUAUGAAGUAUAUACAACAGAAACAUCCGCCCGAAUUGGGCUGGCAUGGGUGGCCUUCUUUGUCUUCGAUUUACUUAUCUUCGUCCUCACAGUAUACAAGAUUUGCAAAACUAGGGGUUUUCCAUGGUUAUCUCUGAUAACCAGGAGAAAUAUUUUUGAUGUCGUAUUUCAGGAUGGUGCGAUGUAUUUUGGAGCUAUGGCACUAAUUAAUAUACCAAACAUUCUGACAUACUACUCUGCUUCUGUUGCCAUCAGAGGCGGUCUGUGCGAUUUCACCAGCUGUAUAUCCGUUACUCUCACCUCUCGGCUGAUGCUUAACCUGCACAACACCAUUCACCCUGGUGUUUUGUCCGCCACCGUGCAGGACAACGAAUACUGCCUAGAUGCCAUCACCACCAGGUAUUUAAUCAUGUGUCUGGAUGCCAAGCUGGGAAUGUUAGCUAUUCCCGAACCCAAACCUUUUCCAAAGGCAGAGCAGCGUGACAGGGUGGCGGACGACGCUGCACUUCUCGCUGGCUUGUGGCUUUGCGUACUCAAAAAACCUAUGACGAACAUUGUCACUUCUGGUUAA